GACCAAAUCAGUUGAUUUUAGUACACUGCUCUGUGAACAUCUUGUUCGUGUUUUAGGUGCUCGUUGCCAUAGCCCGUACAAGGUUUUCGCGUUUGUUUGGCCCGUUUCUUUAUCGAUCUGUGCCUACCGCCCCCGCAUACGACACAUGGUUCUGCGGUACACGAUACGACAGUCAACCGUUUGGAUACUGGAGGUUACAGUCGACUAUAUUGUGGGUUCCAGUUUCAGUCACUAAGAGCUAUUGGAGUGUGUAGUGAGAGCGCAAUCCCCAUCCACUGUAAGUUAUUCGUUCCGUUCGACGAUUCCAACAGGACCAGUCAGCAGCUGCUUGGCUACAACACGGGUCAAAGGGAAGCCGGAUCAAAAAUUGAAGCAGCAGUCACCGAAGGCGCAUAACGUUCAGGGUGCAUUGCGAAACGAAAAUCGAUUUCUUGUGACGGUUUACAUAGAAAUAAACAAGCUUUGCCAAACAGUCGAUUGUGGAAGGAAAGGGGAUAGUUGUUCAGUGCUGUUGUCUGUUUGGAAGUUCUGGAAGUUUUUAUUAUUGCACGGUUCUCUGAGUUUCAGUUUUGAAGUGAACUGUGAAAAAUAAAAGAGAAGUGCUAUUGGUUCGUAUCGUACACCAAAAGUUAGAGGUUUGCAGGGAAAAGUGAAUAAAAGCAAGUAAAGAGUUAAAGGUGGUGAAAUUUUCAUCGUCGUGCGAAAAAGUAUUAAGAAAAGUAAACCUUGUGAGGAACAGUUGUUGGUGAUUCAUGAGCUUUUAUAAUAUUUAAAAGUACGAUGUCAGCAGCACAAACUUACUUCCCGGAUAGCUACAAGUGAGUACUGGACAGACGUCAGUAUGUUAUAGGCUACAGGCAUUGUAGAAUUCUGAAAUUCAUACGUAUGUACCAGAUGUUGGAAUUACGGAAGAUGGCAUUAGCCAACCACUAUUCAUAGGCGCACAUACAAAACAUUUGUUGUGCAUGAUCAAAUAUGUCGAUGUUUGGUCUGAAAAAUUGCGUUUGCGGGUAGUGUUAUUUCUUUGCAAUAACACGAAGAAAAAUGCUGCAGAAAAUCAUUUGUGCGCCUUCAAAAUAUGGGAAUUUUGGCUUAGUAGACUUUUGACGUUUCUCGACAAAAACGAUGCUCCAAUCGAGUCAAGCCAUCCGUGGUCACGUUAACAGAUGAUGAAAGAGAAGUUGGACAUUGCAGGCAAAGUAGCUGCAUCAUAAAGAUUGACACAACACAAAUAGCAAAAUUACUCAAAAAAUACCGGCCAGCACCGAAGUGGACCAGCGAAAAGCAUCACCUACGGAGACAGGCAGCAUCUGAAGGGUAACGAAAUUCCUCACAAUGAAUUGAUCUCGCUAGGUUAAAUCCCCGGAAGUACAAUUUGCAUAGUAUAAUUUAGUCGAUCGAAAUUGUAGUCCUCAGCCGAGACGUAGACUGAUAGCGUAACAGCUUCCCUUGACAGCUACCAGUUAUACGUGUAUCUGGAAGCGGAGUAGAGUUCGUUUAGAUAUCGCAAACACAAACGCAAACACACAUCGGUUCACAAUGGUAGACUACUAUAAAGUGCUGGACGUGGCAAGGACUGCCACCGAGGCGGAAAUCAAAAAGGCAUACAAAAAGCUAGCACUGCGGUGGCACCCAGACAAAAAUCCAGAUAAUCCAGAUGAAUCGAAUCGACGGUUUAAGGAGAUCUCCGAAGCAUACGAGGUUCUGUCAGAUGCCUACAAACGACAUAUUUACGACAACCGAAGCACACGGAAAAGCAGCGCAAGUUACAUGGCAAGCGGUGGCAUGCGUGACAGUAGUAAUUACACUGCUUAUACUAAUCGUGACCACAGCAGUGGCAAGUACGGAUUUGAUCACUACGGUGGCGGUGGAUUCGACCACUACGGGCGCCAUGGCAGUGGCACACGGUCAGGGCGUGAAAACAACCGUACGUUUUCUUUUCGUGGAUUCUUCGAGACGACGCCGUUUUUCCGCUUCUUUGAGAAAAAGCGCCGAAUUUAUGACCAGUACGGCAAGGAGGGUUUGAUGAGCAAUGGUUCCGAUCGUUACCACCAGAACACACGAUACCGGCGACACAAUGGCGGUGGAAUACAUGAUGACUUUGACAUCUUUGGUGGGUUCCCAUUCACGUUCCGAGACCCGGAGGAGGUGUUUAGGGAAUUCUUCGGUGGAUCACCGUUUGAGGAGAUUUUCAGGGUAACAUCCCACCACAAUGGACGUCGGACUAAUGGAGCCAGUAACGUACAGAGACACUCACAUCCGCAGAACGUAAUCAGUUCGCCGUUUGUAUCGCCCUUCAUGAGCUUCAACCUAAUGGAUGAGUUCUUUAACGCGGACCCUAUGGCGCACCGAGGCGGCGGUGGUGGUGGCUUCACCUCGAUAUCGGAAUUCAGCGUCGGCAGCGGUCCGGUUAAACGGACGUCCACCUCUACUACCUUCGUCAAUGGAAAAAAGCUGAUGACGAAAAAGGUAUUUGAAAAUGGUACUGAGACGAUAAUGUCGUACGAAAACGAUGUACUAAAAUCAAAGACUGUGAACGGAGUCGCUCAAGCUAUUUCCAGCUAUUCGCACUAGAACAGACAAGAGAAAGCAGCGGCGACCAAAAUAUAUAACAAGUAUAAUCCGAAAACUGGAUUGGGAGUGGAUGCGAACCAAAAAUCAUUUUGCGUUACACAAUGGGAUGAAAGAGAAAACCAUAGGAUUAAUUACUAUACUAUCAAACCAUACAUCUAGCACUAUUAACUAGUGAUUUAGCGUUUAAUAAUCCGCAACACCUACUGCUACUAAUCAAUUGCAAAUCGAGGCAAAUUGCAGAUAUCUUUUGAUGAACAAACACCAGACUUAUCUUUGAAAACACGCGGUGUGGGUAGUGUGGGUUAAAUAAUAAAAAAGGAAAUUAUCAACAUAGCAGCGAAACUCGUCAUUAUCACAGAUCAAUUGAAUAUCAAUGCAGACAAACAAAUUUGCCGAAAUAGAUGAAAAAAUAUGCCACAGACAAAAAAUAUAAACUUGCGAAAUCAAAAUAUAGGAAUAAAUCGAAAGAUUACCUUGUUGUCAACCUUAUCAUAGAGCAUAACCGAUCACUUGAACAGAUUAAAUCAGACUAUGCAGCUUUGGAUGGAUAAGAAAUAGAGCGAAAAAUAAACUAUUGCCAUUGUUAAGAAGUGAUUCAAAUUUCUGUUAAAUAAACUUCAGGUUUUAACCAAACUGUACACGAUGAAUAUGAACAACAUCAAAUCGGGAAAUCGCUGCAAAAUUGUAAUUAGAAUACACGAUAAAUCUUUCCAUAAAUGUGUAUAGGAAAUAGUUUUUUUUUAAUUUUUGAAGCAGUCGAAACAGAUUGAUUGUUGUUUUAGAUAAGUCGAGAAAUAUCUUUCGAAUAAGCUUUUGAUUAACUGGUAUAAGAAAUGGUCAUAAUCAAAUGAAAAUGGACAUAUUACCCUUUUUGUUUCAAUGGUCUGGUUUAACCUUAAUUCUUGUUGAGUUCCAAAAGUUUCAGUCUUUCGUCAAUCUACUGUGUGUGUACUGAUGCUGAUAAUGUACAAUAAUUAACCAAUGUAUUUCGAAAACAUUGGUCCUUAUUACCGUUCUCACUUCCACUUUAACUUCACUCACAUAUUACUUCACUUGAUUUUACCUAUUACCAGUAUCACGCAUAGUGAAGUGAUCACUGUAGUGGAAAAAUCUCAUUUUUUCAACAAUUUGUUAGUGGCGUGAUAUUCAUAAUGACAUCAAGGUCAUCCAAGUAGUUACUUUUGUCUCUAAAGCGACUUCCGUAAUAAGGAUCUAAAUUCCCUUUAAACGAUUUUCACCGUUAAGUGAUACCGAUAAUAAGGGUCACAAUCACUUCACUUGGUUUUCACCGUUUAGUGAUACCGGUAAUAAGGGCCAAUACUACUAGCAAGUUUCGUUGAAAACCAUUGUGGUAAGGUAAACGGUCCUAAAUCAAAAUAACCAGUUAUGCCGCCAGGUGGUGUCAUCAUCUAACAGGUAUCGCAAGUGAUAGUUGUCCACAAAAGAAAAAAGUCGGAAUUAUAAUUUUUCCCCGACAAAAGAUGCGAUGAACCCAACAAAUGUUUUUCAUUUUACGAAUUACGUUUUGUUUCCCCGGAAGGGUGGGGUAGGGUAUCGUGUCGAGAACCCAACUUUUGCCAUCAUCAUUACGAGCUUGUUCAAUUACUAUUACCUAAUUAAGCUAAGCAAUUAUAUCUGCUAAUUAGCGAUCUUAGAGAUAAUGAAAUUGAUGAUAGAGGAUACAGAGCCGCCUCAGCUUAUUUCCUAGAUUAGUUUUAGUACAUUUAUUUGCGUAUGUAAAUUCGAUAAGAGCGCACGUUACUUGACUUAACGAAUGAGUGCUGUCAAAGAGAUGGACAUAUCGGCGAUCUAAGUCCUUUUUAGUAAAAUGUUUGUUUCUUGUUAGGUGAUGAGUUAGCGCUGCUACGAAGCAAAUCGGUUAAGCAACAUAAAAAUAGAACCACAUUUUUACCAUAAGAAUUCAAACGCGUCGAGAUCGAGUAAUCUAAUUGAAAAUAAAUUCAGCAGAUGCAAAGUAAUCAAUUGAUGAUACUAAGACCAUGUAAUAUUUUUGUAACGUAUUACUUUCACUGGAGUGUAACAGUUUCAUAACAAUAUUCAAUGGCAUAGAAAGUGACAAAGAUGAUAUGUUGAGUUGGUAACAAUUCACAUAUAUACAUACAUACAUGUUCAUACGUUACGAAAAAAAAACCAGUAAAACACUAAUAAAGGCAAAAACAGAAGAAAAUUUUAAGGAUUAAAGAUUUCUGGACAUAUAAAAAUA